GCUAUUAGUCAAAAACAAUAGCCAAUUAGCUCAGUCACCAUCCAAAAAGUGUGAAACUUUGAACUGGAUCUACAAAAUCCAGUUGAAGUGUUAAACAGUAGGUAAGCCAAAGAAGAUGAAAGCAUUGGGGUGGUGGUUAAUGCUAGUGGGUUCACUUCGAUUAGCCUCCGUUUGGUUCGGCUUCUUCGAUAUUUGGGCUCUUCGUCUCGCUGUUUUCUCCAGCACUUCCAUGACUGAAGUUCAUGGGAGGACAUUUGGAGUUUGGACACUUUUGACUUGUACUCUCUGCUUCGUAUGCGCAUUCAACUUAGAAAACAAGCCACUAUACUUGGUGACAUUUUUGUCAUUCAUCUAUGCCUUUGGUCACUUUUUGACUGAAUACCUUUUCUAUCACACAAUGGCCCUCUCAAAUUUGACAACUGUUGGCAUAUUUGCAGGGACAUCGAUUAUAUGGAUGCUUUUACAGUGGAAUGCACAUCAACAGAGGCAUGUUAAGCAUCCCUGAAACUGAAUUUAUAUUCACUUUUAGUUACUUAUCGACAUUGAUUUUAUGUACUCGAUCAAUACUUACUGAUAAAGAGCUGUUUAAAAACUAGAUUGAUACAUGCAUUGAUUCUUAUAAGGAUGCAUGCAUUGAACUGAUACUGUUACAAGUUAUAUAAUCUUUUUGAUACAACUCCAAA